AUGAAGGAGGAAGCGCUGAAAUUAGAGGAAAGAGAAAGACAAGAAAUAGAAAUUAUAGCAAGAAGAAAGAAAGAAGAAAAAGAAGAAAAGAAGCCUAUAGAAGAAAAGGGAAAGGGAAAAGGGGAGAAGAAAAAAAAGAAGGAAAGAAAAGAAGAAGGGGAAAGGAAAAGAGGGAAAGGAGGGGAAAAGAAGGAGAAAGGAAAGGAGGGGAAGAGAAAGAAGGGGAAAAAGAAGAGAGUGGGGGAAGGGGAGAAAGAGAGGGGAAAGAGAGGGAAAAAAGAAAAGGAGAGGGAAGAGGAAGAAAAAGGGGAGAAGGGAAAAGAGGGGGAAGAAAGGAAAGAGAGAAAGGAAGUGGGGAGAAAAAGAGGGGGAAGAAAAGAGGAGGGGAAAAGGACAAGAAAGAGGGAAAAAAAGGGGAGAGAAAAAGAGGAAGGGAAAAGAGGGAAAAAACGAAAAGGAAAAGAAGGGGAGGGAAAAAAAGGGAGGAAGGAAAAGGGGGAAAGAGAAAGGAAAGAGGAGAAAGGGGGGAAGAAGAGGGGGGGAAAAAGGGAAGAGAAAAGAAGAAGAGAAGAGAAGAAGGGGGAGAAGGAAGAGAGGGGAGAAGGGGAGAGGAAGAAGAAAAGGAAGGGGAGGAGGGGGAAAAGGGGGAGGGAGGGGGGAAGGAAGGAAAAGAGAGAGGAAAAGAGAAAGGAAAAAGAGGGGAAGGAAAAAAGGGGGAAGAAAAAAGGAGGA